UCAAAUAAAACAGCAGCUACACAAGACUUUUUCGUAAGGUUCACGUAGCCUUAUCCUUUCAAAUCUUUCUCCGAAUCUCAAUCAUAUAUAUGACACUAGAGCUUGUACAAGUUUUGAGACUGCCACAUAGAAAUAAACAAUGACGAGCAAGACUUUUGCUUCUCCUAUGUUCAUCUUCUUUUGGCUUUUGAUGAUUUCCAUCAUUUUAGUCCAACCCGCUCUCUCUGGACGGACGCUUGGCAGCAGCGGUGGUGACGCCACGAUUGGAAUCAUUCCAGGUGGUCCUCCCAAGGCAACUGGUACAAGUUCUCCUACUAACUCUGCUCCUAAAGCUGUAGGCCGUGGACCCAUAGGUUAUGGGCCAUUACACAGGCCUCCAAUUUGCAACAGACCGUUUUACAGUGGCUGCAUCAUCCCACCAAAAAGACGAUGUAGUUAUUAUAACCGUUGCCGACCCCCACUCCCACCAAAAUAAAGUUGCCAAUCAAAGUGGACUCGACCCGAUCAACCCCUACUAAUAAAGUUGGACUGAUACUGCUCCAACCGCAGCUAAGCUCAUAUAAUACCGAGCCGACGCAAUGGAAAUAUACGUAUGGAUAAGACGUUUUGGGAAUGUUUUUAAAAAAGUUUACAAUAGUGUGAAAAACUUUUAAUGUAGAUGAUUAGAUAGUGUGAAAAACUUACUGUCAUAUUAUAUUUAAAAUAUUUAAUUAUGAAAAAACGGUAAAUUCGUAUAGACCUACGUUUCAAGUGUUUGUAAAAAAUUUAAAUAUAUGAAGAGAUUGUAUAUGUGUUGAUUGUAAUUUAGUAAAUUCGUACACAUGCAUAAGCUCUCAAAC